AUGGAUGCGGCCAUUGAGGAAUGGGUCCGGCGAUGUUUUCCUUGCCAGGAAACACGGCCCGAAAUGCCUCGGGCACCUGUGCCCCCAUGGGAGACGACCCGGACACCAUGGUCACGCCUGCACAUUGAUUUCGCUGGCCCCUUCCAAGGACAGACCUUCUUGAUUGUGGUGGACUCUUAUUCCAAAUGGCUGGAGGUCAUACUAAUGUCGUCAAUGACAUCGAGUGCUGUAAUCACUACCUUACAAAGAUUAUUCGCAACUCAUGGCCUGCCAGAUACCCUUGUUUCAGACAACGGCCCGCAAUUCACAUCCACAGAAUUUCGAGGGUUCCUGGAUGCCAACCUCAUCCGCCAAGUGACAUCUGCACCGUUCCAUCCAUCCACGAACGGGCAGGCCGAAAGGAUGGUACGGACUACCAAAGAGGCAUUAGCUCGAAUAAUACGAGGAAGCUGGGCAAAGCGCUUGGUAGACUUCACUCUACAGCAGCAUGUAACUCCGCACACAGUCACGGGGCACGCCCCGUGCGAGUUGUUGAUGGGCCGCCGACUGUCUACCAUGCUGGAUCGGCUGCAUCCAUACCGGGCCCCUGACAAGUCCUCCCGGUUGGCAGAAGUUCUGCCGACACCACGCAUAUUCCAGCCCGACGACCCUGUAUUUGCACGUAACUACGGCCAGGGCCCACCAUGGGUAUCUGCUGUGAUUUCCAGAGCAACUGGCCCGAUCUCUUAUGAGGUUGCUCUUCCGGAUGGUCGUGUGUGUCGCCGGCACGUGGACCAGCUUCGUCGGCGGAGCAGCAUUCCCAUGAGGUUAGCCGAAACUGUACCUGAAGGACAGCCUGAGAUUCAGCCUUCGUUAAGCCCUUCACCUGGCGGAAUGAGCAGCAGCAAGACACCAGAUCCCAGUGAAACCGAGGAGCACCCGACAGCCAUGCUACCUCCCGAGGCGCAACCAACAGUCAUGCUUCCUUUGGACGACAUAGCAGCACCUCAGCCAGCACCAACAGAGCAAAGUGUAGAAUUGCCGGGCCCACGCCGUUCGCAGCGUUCCCGGAAGAAACCACAACAUCUUCGGGACUUUGUGCUGGCAUUGGCUGACUGUUGA